UCGGAAUGACUGUUUACGGAGUACUGUUCGUCCUUCUAUUCCUCGGAGCGGUGGUGGCGGCGACACCUGUUGAGACCAAUGGCCGGAUUAUGGGUGGACAGGAUCAGGUUAUUCGAAACGCGCCCUGGCAGGUGUCCAUCCAAAUCUGUGCGCGUCACGAGUGCGGUGGCGUCAUCUACAGCAAGGAGAUUGUCAUCACAGCCGGUCACUGUCUGCACGAGAAAUCCGUAACCCUGAUUAAGGUGCGUGUUGGGGCGGAGCACCACAACUACGGCGGAACCUUGGUGCCCGUGGCGGCCUACAAGGUUCAUGAGCAGUUUGAGACUCGCUUCCUGCACUACGACAUUGCUGUGCUGCGUUUGUCCACGCCCCUCACCUUUGGCCUCUCCAUCAGAGCAAUAAACCUGGCCAGGGAGAGUCCUGCCAGUGGCACGACUGCCACGGUAACGGGAUGGGGCUAUACGGAAGUAGGAGCCCUUGCUGACAACCUCCAAACGGUCAAGCUGUCAAUCAUCGAUCGUGGAGAGUGCGCCUCGGAUGAAUAUGGCUACGGCUGGGAUUUUGUGGGAGAGGAAACAAUUUGCACUGCAAACACCGUGGAUGGAGGAGGAGAUGCCUGUACCGGAGACUCAGGCGGUCCUUUGGUGGCCAAUCACCUGCUGGUGGGCAUUGUAUCCUGGGGCUACAGGUGCGGCGAGGUCAACUACCCCGGCGUCUAUGCCGAUGUGGCCGUGCUGCGGCCCUGGAUAGUUAAGGCCGCCAAUGCCAUAUAGCGAAAUUUGAGAAAAUAAAACAAAAGCACAUUUAAUACAAA